CGAGGAGAGGGAGGGUCUCGCGCGCGCUGCUGACCACUACUACUCCCUGAAGCUGUAGCAGUGAGGAGUAAUCAGUGCAAGUGUGGAUUACUGUCAGCAGCACCCAGGUGUCUGGACCGAUGAGAUGAUACUAAACCGCAACAGGAGUCCUCUUCUGCUCGCCGUCACCUGCAUGUACAUCUCAGGAGGUCUGCUCUGGUCCUACCAAGAGGAGGAUGCCAGUGACGGUGAAGAGUGCUCAGAGAAUAAGAUUUCCACGACAACGUACCCCUGCCUGAAGCCGAGUGGAGAAGUUACAACAUGUUACAGAAAGAAAUGUUGUAAUGGCUUCAAGUUUGUGCUGGGCCAGUGCAUUCCUGAAGACUAUGAUGUGUGUGCUGGCGCCCCCUGUGAGCAACAGUGCACCGACCACUUUGGUCGAGUGGUGUGCACCUGUUACCGCGGCUACCGCUAUGACCGUGAGCGCCACAGGAAUCGAGAGAAACCCUACUGUCUGGACAUCAACGAAUGUGCAGAUAAAAACAUGACUACGUGCUCUCAGAUCUGCCUGAAUUCUGCGGGGAGCUACAGGUGUGAGUGUGAGACAGACUAUUUCCUGGAAGAAGAUGGGAAAACAUGCACCAAGGGGGAGAGAGCAGUGCAUCUGUUUGAGAAGGCUGACAACGCAAUGAAUGCUGGAACUUGCUCAGCCACAUGUGACGAUUUCAACCAGAUCAGGAUGUCUGUCCUGCAGCUUAAACAGAAGAUGGCUGUGCUGUCAAACAGUGCUGACAUCCCUGAGCAGAUGACCGGCGAGAAAAUUGGGACAUCGCCCAUAUUUCUACCAGGGCCGCCAGGUUUCCCUGGACCUCCAGGUGAGCCAGGACCAGAGGGCCCUCCCGGACUUACAGGACUGUUGGGGCCUCCUGGGCCUCAUGGUCCCAGGGGCUUGAUGGGACCCAUUGGACCCACACCAGACCUGUCACACAUCAAACGGGGCCCCAGAGGACCUGUGGGGCUUCCAGGAGCGCCAGGAAAGGAUGGCCUAAAGGGAGAUAGAGGAGCUUCUGGGCCUGUCGGACCACCAGGUCCUCCGGGCUCCUUUGAUUUCCUGCUGCUGCUGAUGGCAGACAUCCGUAACGAUAUCACUGACCUGCAGAACAAAGUGUACGGGCGCCCGUUGCCCUCUCCGGGGGAGGACUUUCCUGCAGUCCCCGACAGCUGGAGGGACACCCAGGACAAUUUGGAGACCGGCUCAGGUGAGGACUACAAGGAACCUGCACCACGAACAGGCGGAGGAUCAAAGAGAGACAGGAAGUGGAAACCAGCGCGAGAGAGAACAGACUUUAACUGGAAUAUUUAAAAGGGUUUGGGUUUAUAUAUGAUACUGUCAGGUGUAAAUAUUUAAGUGUGUAUGCUUUUUUAUUUAAACAGAGUGUACUGUAUGCCUUUUUAUCACAGAGGUUUAUUUUUAUAUGAUAUACAAGAGUUUGUGUGACUAUUUUUUAACAAAAUUAGUUGAAUGUGCAAAUGCAUGAAUGUGCAAAUGCAUGAAACACAUGUUUCCUUCACGGCACAUUAAACAAGUCUCCUUUAAUCAGA